AUGUGUCCACGUGUUGUGGUGAUCCUGAUAUUCUUGUGUCAUGGCGGCGAAGGUGUGCAGAAUCGAUCGGAACUGGAUGCUCGGUGCGAGGUAUUGCUCGGAGAGGAAACCACGACCACCACCACCAUGUGGUUUGCCACACCAUCAUACAGGCGUACUUUGGAGUUGCACCCAAUCCUCCUUGAUGCAAUCUGGAAGGAUGGCAGGACAAUGGCAGCAGAAUUUCAGUCAUGGUUGCAAGUUCGGGUGAUCGGCAUCUUUUGCGGAAUUACCAUUGGGCUGCCUAUUUUGGUGGUUGCCGGGUACAGAUAUUCGAACUGCUUUCGCAGGUGGACAUCUUGCUUGGAUUCCAUCUUUCAGUAUCGACUUUGUGUUGCUGCCCUUGCGUUCUUGCUAUUGAUAACAAUAUUGGUGUCGGCAUUCCUUGGGAUGCGAAUCGUGGACGGCACACAGCCUCUCAUGGAAGAUGUGCAGGAGUACUAUCUUAGCUCGAUGACCGGCAGGUUGAUCAACGAAUUCAUCUUGGAAUCUUACAGGUUCAGCGAAUUGGGAAUAGCUGGCGCGGGGACGAAGCAAAUACUUGCAAGCCAGCUUUGCAACCCGACAGAUGCACCGUACAAGAUACAGCGGCUUGACGUGGAUGCUCGUCUGCAGGACGAAAGUUUUAUGGAAGGCAGCUUGCGCGAUGAAGUGUUGGUUCCGCCAUCUUCCGUGGCUGGCAUGGUGUUGGAGUAUAUUGUGGUCAGAAAUUGGCAGCCACUGGUGGCCACCGGGCUUGGGGUUGUGAUUAACAGUGCGAUGGGCAACAUGGUUUCGACUCACCGCGCGACAAUGCAGGUUUCUUUCAUCGUUCGAACCGUUUGUAUGGUUCGCAACACUGAUGUGCAUCUGGGGAUUCGUGCGAAUUUCCCGUUCCUUUUGGCGAAGUUGCCCGAGGUGUGGAGAUGGAACGAGACGUAUUACAGGGACAAAUAUGAAAUGCAGUCUAUGUUGUACGAAGCUGUGCUGGCAGGCGCUGCGCAAGAGGCAGAGCAAAGGCAGUUGCGAUUACUGGAGUGGGAUUCGCUGGACGUUGGAGGGGAGCUGAUGAUAUGGGUCUACGGGGUCGUGAUUUGCUGUAGCGCAGCUUUCGUGAUCUCACUGUUCAUGCUGAUGUUGCUGCUUGGUCGCACUUCAUUUGCGGGCGUAUGCGGGCGUACGUGGGUGUGGGCCUGGGCCUGGGGCAUCGGCGUGGGGCGUGGGGCGUGGGGCGUGGGCGUGGGGCGUGGGGGGUGGGGCGUGGGGCGUGGGUGUUGGUGUGGGCGUGGGUGGGGAUGGGUGUGGGGGUGGGGGCAUGAGGGUGAGGGGGUGGGUGGGGGGUGA